AUGCUUCCUAAUCUGCCAUCACAAUCUCAAGUCCUGAAAGCCAACGAGAGGUUCACACAUGUCGCUCGACUGGCGCUGCUUUACUGGCUUUCCAGAUUCAUCUUGCUCGAUGGGUGGCGACAUCUCCGGGCGAAGGGGGUCUUUGGCGCAGGACAGCAGCUGUAUAAGAAGAUACAAGGCGUUGUAGUGGCGAUAAUGCUCUCCCUCCCUUCGUCCCGGCGCCAAAUAUCGUCAGAGCUCGCCAAAACCCGCGCCGAGCUCAAGGCGAAGCUGGCACCGACGACCUUUCCUAAUGGAAUCACUUUGACCCCGACAAGAGUGAUGCCGCAGAAAGGGAGGGACAGGGGAUGGUUGGAGGAGGAGUGGAAAGGGAUGAAGAAGCUCGAGAGGGGGGAUGUGGACAGUGGGAGAGUGAGCGGGACAGUCUACCAUGGCGGAGAGGAGCUCAACGGUAUCAUCAACGAUGCUAUGGCCAAAUUUGUGGUCUCGAACCCGCUCCACCCGGAUGUCUUCCCUGGCGUACGCAAGAUGGAGAGCGAGAUCGUGGCGAUGUGUCUGAAUCUCUUUAAUGCUGCUGACGGGGCUGGGACCACCACCUCGGGAGGAACAGAAUCGAUUUUGAUGGCUUGCAAGAGCUACCGAGACUGGGCAAGAGCGACAAAAGGGAUCACCAGACCAGAAAUGAUCAUCCCCUCUUCAGCACAUGCGGCAUUCUGGAAAGCCUCCCAGUACUUUGGUAUCAAGCUUCACGUCGUCCCCGUCGAUGACGUCUCACGGAAAGCCGAUGUGAGGCGGAUGAAGCGAGCCAUCAACCCAAAUACAAUCAUGCUAGUAGGCUCGGCCCCGAACUUCCCAGACGGAGCUAUUGACCCCAUACCCAACCUCGCUGCUCUUGCUCGGAAACACAACUUAGGCCUACACGUCGACUGCUGCCUCGGCUCAUUCCUUAUGCCCUUCCUAGAACGGAGCGGAUUUGGGGACGGGGUUGAGCCGUUUGAUUUCAGGGUACCAGGCGUGACGUCCAUUUCUUGCGAUACCCAUAAGUACGGUUUCUGCCCCAAAGGCUCUUCCGUCAUCAUGUAUAACUCUCCUCAUCUCCGGAAAUAUCAAUACUACAUCUUCCCCGAAUGGGCUGGCGGGGUUUAUGCUUCGCCGUCGAUGGCAGGAAGUCGGCCGGGGAGCGUCUUGGCGGGUGCUUGGGCGGUGAUGAAUCAUCUUGGACAAGAAGGCUACGAAGCGUCCUGCCGUCAAAUCAUCGGCGCUGCCCGCACAUUCGCACAACAAAUCACCCUCCGUUUCCCCGCCGACCUAUACGUCCUCGGAGAUCCCAAAGUCUCGGUCGUGGCUUUCGCAUCCAAGAGCAAGAGCGUCAAUAUCUAUCAGGUUGGGGAUGGGAUGGGGAAGAGGGGGUGGCAUUUGAAUGCCCUGAGCGGACCGGCGGCGCUGCAUAUGGCUUUCACUCGACUAUCAGCGAAGAGUGUCGAUAAGCUCCUUAGCGACCUGGAGGAGGUUAUCGCCGAGGUCAAGGCGGACGAGUCGGAGAGCUCGGGGGAUAUGGUGGCGCUGUACGGACUGGGACAGACCAGCGUUGGGCCUCAUGUCGUAGGCAAGCUGGCCGAGACGUUCCUAGACGUUCUGUAUGAGUAG